AUGUCCCAGUCCCAGUCCCAGUCCAAGGCCCAGGCCCAGGCCGAGUCCCAAGUCCCCAACCAGCCGCGCCCCUUUCUCCCACGCGUCACAGACAUCGGGAGCCUUCCCUACGGGGGCCUGCCAGGCCGCUGCGUGUACGGGCCCGACGAUCCGCCGGCGCACUUCGACGCGAGGCUGACCAAUCACUUCGUGCGCCCGCACCCGGAGGCCAGCCUCAGCUGGGACGGGCACCAUCUGCUGCAGCUGCUGGAGCAGAAGGACGUGGAGACCAUGCGGGUGAUGGACGGCUACCGGCCGCUCGUGCUGGAGCCGGAGCAGUACCUCGCGCGCUUUUGGUGCCACACCGACGACGCGUAUUACUACUUCGUCUGCACCAAGAUGCAGGGGCUGGAGUACUGCAGCCGCUUCGUCCGGUGGGUCAACGUUAAGAGCACGCUGCAUCCCGCGGUCGAGGCCACGACGGGGCCCGGCCUGCAGCAGCGGAACCAGGCGCUGGACGACCGGAUCAUCGGCGUGCGUGACCAGCUGCGGCGGAAGGACCAGUAUGCCGAAUUGGUGGUGCUCGAACAGCAACAUGGGGAGCGGGCUUCACAGCAGAUGCAGGAGGAGCUGGACCAGCAGCCACAGCGACAGCAGGUACAGCAACAGCAGCCGCAGGAAAAGCAGCCAAAGAAACAGCUGUCACAGAAACAGCAGCAACAGCAGAUGCAGGGGUUUCACAGGUUCCGGCUGGUUCGGCAGGAGCAGCCGCAGCAACAGCAGCCACAGCCACAGCCACAGCCACAGCAGAUGCAGCAGGGGCAGCUGAUGCAGGAGUCUUUCCAGUUCGCGCUGGCUCAGCAGGAGCAGCAGUGGGACCAGCAGCAGUGGGAGCAGGCGCUGGAGCGGUCGUCUCAGCAGCAACAGCAGCAGAAGGAGGAACAGGGGGAGAGGUAA